AUGGAACCUGGGAAUGUCUUUGAUCUUCGACAUUGUGGUACAUUUGUCGGCUUCUCCUAUCUCGCUCGCAUGACCUUGGUCGACAGAGCCGCUGUCCCGCGUGUUCUGCCGAAUACCCGUGUCCUUAUGCCACAGCUUGACGACUACGAAAUCGACGGCGAGGCACUCCAAAAGUUCCCGAUCUGGUCGAAGGUCUCCUAA